CAGGUUUCAUACAAGCAACAUGUAUCCUGAUAUAGAAGAUUAUAGUUUAGUAGCAAAGCUAGGAAAUCUUAAAACUGUAGUUCAGUUAUUGAAGGCAAUUAAUUUUAAAGAGAAUGCUACUUGUUUUGGAACUGAGAAUGGUUUAAAAGUAACAGUAGAAGAUGCAAAAUGUAUGCAAGCUAGUGCUUAUAUUCCUGUUAAUGUAUUCCAAGUAUUUAACUUAAAGGAAGAUGUUAUUUUUAGAAUAAAUUUAAAUGUAUUGGUAGAGUGUCUUUGUAUGUUUUGGAGCAACAUAAAUAUUCAUGGAAGUUCCGUGGCUUUGCAACUUUUUUAUAAAGGUACUGGACAUCCAGUGAGUAUACUUAUAGAAGAAGAUGGUGUUAUAACAGACUGCUCUUUGAAAACUCAAGAUCCAGAUGAACUGUUAGAUUUCUGCCUUGAACCAGAAAAUGUUCUGAACAAAGUAGUACUACAAACCGAAUUAUUGAAAGAUAUUUUAUCUGAACUGGAUCCAACCAGUGACAUGAUCGAGGUAGAACGUAAUUUUCUUUUAGCAUUUUCAUAUUUCUAUAUUUUGGUAAUAUUACAGUUACUUCUAUCACCAUCUCCGCCUUUUUUUCGAAUUAGUACAGCUGGUAUAGCUGGAAUUUGUCACAUCGAAUUGCCGCAUGAUGGUGAUUUAAUAGAUAACUUCCAAUGUAUGUCAACGGCUACAUCGAGUUACAGAAUGUCGCACAUUAAACCAGCCAUGAAAGCAUUGCAGUGUGCAAAUAAAGUUUCUUUAAGAACUGAUACAUGUGGAUUACUAUGUUUUCAGUACAUGGUUAAAACUGAUGAGGCCCAAACUUGUUACAUAGAAUAUUAUGUUUCCCCUGUAAUAGAUUCAGAUGAAUAAUUUCACAAUAGCGGAUCACUGAUGGGAUUAUAAAUAACUGUACAAACGUUCAUAAUACUUUUUGUUAUAUUAUAAUAAUUCCAAUUCGUUGUAUUCAUUUUUGUAAUUUUUAUUGCGUUUAUAUAAGAAAAAUAUUUUGCUACAAACUCUUUGAUGAUCCAAAUUAUUUGCAUCCUUCGCGAACUCGCUUGACAUAUCCAACCACGGAUAUAAUAUAAACGAAAGCAAAUAUAUAAACUAUAUCUAACGAUGCGUAAAAAAUAUAUAAAUUUCCGGAAACGUUGUAUAAUAAUUCUUGACGUAUACGCGUGGGUACGCGUAGUAAAAUAUUGUGUGCAUUCCUCUCGAAAAUAAUAUUAGCAACGUUUAUACGUUUCUGCGUAUUAUUGUGCGUUAACAUAUUUUCCUUUUUUUUUUCUUUACAUUUUCAGAAUGUAA